CUCCGCCCUUUGAUAAUGCAGCAUGGGCGAAAAUACCAGAGUCGAGAGCUACAGCUGAGGAAGCAGAUCUCUGUACUGUCACCGAUUUUGUCCGGUUGAUCGUAAGUGAUGUUCCAACAAUGCCGAUAGUCGAUAAACUCAAAGAGGCUUUGAAACCUGGCCGAAAGGAGACGGGCGAUGAGGGCGACCUCAACAAACUCUUGGCCUCUUCUGCCAAGAAGGUCCUUUUGCAGAAGAUAGAGUUUGAGCCUGCCAGCAAGGGUUUCUCCUAUCAGCUGGACAGCCUGAAGAACAAGUAUGUGAUCCUCAACCCCAGGAAUGAGGGCGCUACGGGCCAGAAGGCUGCAGAGCCUGCCCAGAUAAAGAGGCAAGUCUCUGAGAACGUGGUUGGGGGCCAGAGCGAUGGGGUCCCGGCCCCCCAGAAGAUGCUCUUUCCAGGGAACAAGCUCACCCUCAAAUGGGAGCGUGUGUACAGGGUGGGAGCCGGCCUCCACAACCUCGGGAACACCUGCUUCCUCAACUCCACAGUGCAGUGUCUCACCUACACCCCACCACUUGCCAACUACUUACUCUCCAAGGAGCACAGCCGUGCCUGUCACCAGUCAGGCUUCUGUAUGAUCUGUGUAAUGCAGAACCACAUCAUCCAAGCCUUCGCCAACACGGGCAACGCCAUCAAGCCCGUCUCCUUCAUCAGAGAUCUGAAAAAAAUUGCCCGACACUUUCGUUUUGGAAGCCAGGAGGACGCCCAUGAAUUCUUGCGGUACACCAUCGAUGCCAUGCAGAAAGCCUGUCUAAAUGGCUACCCUAAGCUUGACAGACAGACCCAGGCCACAACACUGGUUCAUCAGAUCUUUGGAGGUUACCUCAGGUCAAGAGUGAAAUGCUCGAUUUGUAAAAGUGUGUCGGAUACAUAUGACCCUUACCUGGACAUUGCUGUGGAGAUUCGGCAAGCGGCGAACAUCGUGCGAGCCCUGGAACUGUUUGUAAAGCCCGAUGUACUCAGUGGAGAGAACGCCUACAUGUGUGCCAAGUGCAAAAAGAAAGUGCCGGCAACUAAGCGCUUCACAGUCCAUCGAACAUCUAAUGUACUGACCCUCUCACUGAAGAGGUUUGCAAACUUCAGCGGAGGAAAGAUAACAAAGGAUGUUGGUUAUCCAGAAUUUCUGAACAUCCGCCCAUACAUGUCUCAGAGCUCAGGAGAUCCCGUCAUGUACGGCCUCUAUGCCGUCCUCGUGCACUCGGGCUACAGUUGUCAUGCAGGCCACUACUACUGCUAUGUCAAGGCAAGCAACGGUCAAUGGUACCAAAUGAAUGAUUCAAUGGUGCACUCCAGUAACAUCAAAGUGGUGUUGAACCAGCAGGCCUACGUGCUUUUCUACCUGAGGAUCCCUGAAACGAGGAAGAAUGCGGAAGGGCAGACAACUAAGCAAGGCAUGUUGCAUCAAGGGAAGAAUAGUGUGUCGUCUGAACAGAUAAAGAGGGCCAACUUGAACGGGCCGCUGUCCUCCCCGCAGGUUACAAAGAAACUUGAACCUGCACAACUGCGUAAGAUCCAGUCCAUGGACGGCGGGUUAGGCUUGCCCGUUUCCAGGAACGGGGUCAACUCUCAAUCACAGCCAAGAAUUUCCACUUGGACGUCAUCCUCCAACGGCCCACCCAAGCUGCCGGGUGGACCCACGGUCAUCGAGGAGCCUUUCAAGAAGCUGAAGAAGCCCCCUCCCCAGAGCCAAGCACAGUCCCGCAGCAGCACGCCAACCCCGUCCAACAACGGGGUGAGCAGGACAGAGGGAGACAAAAAGCAAGGCGGCGAAGGCCGAGGCAUGGCAGCGUCUACCUCAUUCAAGUCUUUGUCUGACUCUUCGUCUGCCGACACCCUCGACUCGAAGGACUCCGUGGGUACCAAAAGUGCGCCGGUAGGAGAGACUCCCUCCACCCCGCGGAAAGGCUCAAACGCUGUGUCGUCUCCGGCCAAAAGCGUGGAGCGCUCCCAGAGCACAGAGGAGCAGAAGACGGCCAAACUAAAACCCCCCGCCCUCAACAACAUCACAUUGGAAGCCACCAGCACCAUGUCACCUCCGCCUGCCAAGAAGCUGGCCCUGUCAGCCAAGAAGGCUCGCAGCCAGAACCCGAGCAGCAUUGAUGCUCCGCCCCAUUUGCCACGCCAGCUGUCCAGUGACCCCAUGCAUCGAAAUCAACUCAACCCCCUCACCUAUGCCUCACCUUCUCAUAAUCACAGAGCUGGUCCAUUCCAUUCUCCAAAAGUCCAGUCAUCAUCGCAGCCUUUUGCCAACUCCAGUGGAUCCUUCAAACCGAAACAGUCCCUUCUUUCUACACUGCAAAAACCAAACGCCAGCCUUUCUCCUAAAACAAACGGCCUCCACAGUGCCAGCCCAAAGAGCCCCAAGUCUUCCAACAACCCCAGCGCCCCAGUGGAAGAACCGGACCUCAACAGCCUGUCGGCUCAAAAGACCACCCAAAAGAAGAAGAAGAAGAAGAAGAGGCGACAUUCUGAGGUGGAGGGUGAGGCUGAACCAGUCGCAUCCCCAGCUGCUCAAGUGACACAAACCAACCUCAUGGAAUCGGCGAGCGAGAAGAAGCAGAAGAAGAAGAAGAAGAAAAAAAAGCGGAAGAGGGAGAACGAGGAUGGAGAGAAAGCGACGGAGAGGGAGUGUGUGUCGUCUCACCUGGACACGUCAAACCAGGAAGAGGAUUGGUGCCAGGGCGGCAUUUGGAGUCUCACAUCCAACUCGGAUAAAGAACAGACUCGGCAAAAACCUCAAUUAGAUGCAACAAGUCCCACAGUGCAGUGCGAGUCAAACCAGGGGAAGGACUCUGUGAAGUUAAAAAAGAAGAAGAAGAAAAAGAAGAUGCAACCAGUGGAGCCUGUGCAGGACACAACCUCGGCACGCUCUGUAACAGAAAGCAGCACUUCAGAGAUGAAUGCAGCAGUCGUACAGAACGAUACAGGAACUGUGACCGUUUCGAAAAAGAAAUUCAAGACUAAGAAGAAGAAGAGGCUUAAAGAAGAGGUGGGGCUGUGGGAGGAGAGCAGGCGAUGCUCGGAUGGAAAGAGCGAGGAGACUGAAGCAGCAGCAGAGGAGCCCCCUCUCAAAAAGAUCAGCUCUGAGAACAGUAAACAAAGCGCAGCUACAGUGGUGAUGUGGGACAGUAAAGUGAAGGAUGGCUACAAACGCAGCCAGGCGCCAGCAGCUGAUGAGGACAAACCGGCCAAUGUUGCUCCUGCAGCCUGGGAUGGAAAAAAGAGCAGCGGGGUGGUGGAGGAGCUGCUCAGGAGCGCCACAGAUAAAGCCUACGGAGCCAACGUCCUUAGCUGGGAUGGAGAAGUCUCUGCUAUUAGUAGAGAUGCUGCUGAAGAUGUUCGCCAUGCCCAGUGUGACACUGUGAUCGAUGAGUGGGAUGAAGACUUUGACAGUGGGAAGGUGAAGAAAAUCAAAAACUAUAAAAAAGAGAAGUGGAGAAGCGGCAUCAGCAUCUUCCAGAAGAUUCAGGACAGGCGGAACAAGUGGUCCGUAACACCCGGAGGGAAGAGGGUUUUCGGAGUCCGACGCUGACUGCCUAGCUCGCUGUUGAGGAACCAGGACGACAAUACUGUAUACCAAACUUCAGUUCAUUUUCUCCAUCUUUUAAAAAAUCUUUCUUUGUUGUUUUUUUUCAAGUUGAACCCAAUCUCCUGAAUACAUACAAGCCCAAAGCAGCAUAGACAACAGACAGACAGCUCCUUAAAUCUGCAAAAUGAAAUGUUGUCUCACUUUUUUACAACCAGUAACAUUUGACCUCUCGUAUCCACUUUUAAUAAACCAUAAAAGUGGCUCAAGCUUCCCUGUGCAUGUAGUAUUUAACACAGGUACGCACAGCUUCACGUUGGCCUUUUUUAAGCCUCGUUUGUCGCCCCCAAAAAAUCGCGAGCUGCUAUGAAAUGAUCGUAUAACAGACUUAGAAUCAAAAGAAUAUCUAACACUCUGAAGCUGUCUUGUAAUGAAAACUUUAAAACAACCCUUGGAGCAAACGUUUGCAGACACAAGGGCUGAGAAAGUUUGAAAUAUAAAAGGAAGUAACCUUUUGUCUUGAUUACCAAACGAUAAAGAUCCUUUAGUUUUUAUUCAUUAAACCUGUAUUAUUUUAGCUUUCUGUAUACUUUUCUUAUUUUAUAUCUUUAUUUGCCAUUCUUUUAUUUUGCUGCAGUGUCAGUGCCAUGUGGCUUGUUUUUAAGGACCACAUUUUGCCUGCUUAAUGUUGGUGAAAUGAGGGUUUAAAAAUGGCCACCUUCUUUUUAAAGCUUGCAUGUCUAAACUUAAAAAGAAAAAACAAAUUUGGGUGAAUUCUGUUUUUAAUUUGUUUUGUUCCCCAACGAAGUCAAAGUCUGUUUCAGAUUACAUGUUAAGAUAAUUGACACCAUGAAAAGGAUUCUCCUCUGAUUUGAAUAAAUAGAUCAAUGGUGGACAUUGACAAGAACACAGUGGACCUCACCAGUUUCAUCAUAUCCGGUUGUUUACCUGGACUAAAGUGUUUUCUGACAGGAGCAGUACAUGGUGCAUUCACAGAGUACAAGGUGGGGGUGUUGGAGGAACUCCAGCGGGAGCAGUUGUUUUCUACUGUGCAGCUAUUCAGCUCUGUAGCUCAUCUAACCGCUCCAGUGUUCUGAAGCCCUCAAUCUCCCCGAUUUAACCGUUCCACUUCUCAAAAUAAAAACUGUACUGAAUAAAAAGGGUUACACUUUCUGCUUUGAGGCACUGUGUUUCAAAUGGGACUGCCACAUGCUGACUUUCUUUUCCACCCCCUCGUACGUUAUAUCUCUAUGCAAUUUUCUGACAGUCACGCUGGACUCAUUGAAACUGGGCAAAGACUCAGGAACCCAGACAUCCUGCAGCCCAUCGUCAUCUCUGAUCAGUCUCCCCGACGAACACUUUGCAUCCUGUACAUCUUGUAGAAACCGUUUUAUACAAACUAUUUCAGGUGUGGAAACCAUGGAAACCAUCUUGCACCAAACCCAGGCACAGAUGUGUAGAUGAACUUAACGUGAUAACAAAAAGCUUGGCCACUGUAGAAGACUGUACAGUCCAUCUUGUGCUACCCGUCUCCCUCCGACGCUGUAAAGAUCUGCCCAUGCAUUUCUUAUCAUUCUAGAGAUGUUGCCUUGAAUUGGCUAUAAAUAAAUAAAAAGUAUAGGUCUUAAUGUUAUAAAUAUAUAAUUUAAAGAAGAAAAGACAGAUCUUUAAUGUGCUACUAAUACUCAGAUCAGUUGGUGGAUAUUAACCUGAGAAUUAAUCUGCAAAUGUGUUAGUUCAUUUGUGUAUAAGAGAGUUGUCUGUUUUUCAUGCAAGACCUUCCCUCUGUCACUGUAGUUGUGUACAGUACAAGAGAAGCCUCCACAGUCUGACGUCCAUAGGACGACGCAGAGGAACAUUUCCUAGUGUGUGAAUGGACGGUUCACAUGUUUGCAUUGAUGGUUCUAUAUUUGGCACCACCUUUUCUGACCAGGGAAGAGACCUUUCAUAAUGAAAGCAGCUCUGACCACACUAUAGGUAACUAUGGAGGUGCAAUAAAGUUGUGACUUUUGUGAA